AUGGCUGACGCAGACAAAAUAGGAGGCACUGAGAGACGCGGCUCUCUCUUCAACACGGCCAAAGACAGCAAACAAUUCACUGAAAAUGUCACUGGAGAAAUCAAAAAUCCUCUCGCGGAGGUGCCUAAGGACCAGCUGCUGGAUGAUGUGCGCAGCUUUGCCCACCAGCACGGCCUGCAGGACAUCAUUCCCCUGCUCGAAAAGGGCGCUUUAGUCGCUCAAAACCCAAGGGACUUUGAGUCUUUGUCUGAGCUGGACGAGGAUGACCGUAUUUGUCUGCGCGAGGAGGUCACGCAUCGCUGGAAACUCCCUUGGGGACUGUACUAUACGAUCUUCCUCAACUCCAUCGCCGCCGCCAUCCAGGGAUGGGAUCAGACUGGAUCUAACGGAGCAAAUCUGUCGUUUCCGAUCGAGUUUGGUAUUCCUGACAACCCAGCCUACUGCCCUACUGAUGCGAUCUGUGAGAAGAAUGCAUGGAUCGUCGGUUUCGUCAACUCUAUCCCCUACAUCACCAUUGCUCUUUUUGCGGGUUGGCUCUCUGACCCCAUCAAUGACCUGAUCGGUCGUCGAGGAACAAUCUUCAUAGCAGCCAUCUUCUCCUUGCUUGCGCCCAUCGGAUCCGCUGUCACUCAGAACUGGGGCCAGCUUGUCAUCUGCCGUAUCCUACUUGGAAUAGGUAUGGGUCUCAAGGAGGUUACCGUGCCCGUCUUCUCUGCUGAAAAUACCCCUGCCAACGUCCGAGGAGGCCUGGUCAUGUCCUGGCAGGUUUGGACUGCGUGCGGCAUCUUCCUCGGUACUGUUGCUAAUCUGGCCGUUGUUAACACUGGAAGAAUCGCCUGGAGACUGCAGCUGGGCUCUGCAUUCAUCCCAGCCAUCCCAUUGGUGAUUGGUAUCUACUUUUGCGCUGAGUCGCCGCGUUGGCUGUUGAAGAAGGGCAAGGUUGCCAAGGCAUACCGUUCGUUGCUGAGGCUGAGAAACACUCCUCUACAGGCUGCUCGGGAUGUGUACUUUAUCCAUGCCCAGCUUCAGCAUGAGCGCGCCUUGCUGGUGGAGACUGGCCUGAUCAAGACAGAUAACUUCUUUACUCGAUUCAUUGAGCUUUUCACCAUUCCUCGCGUGCGUCGUGCUACUCAAGCUUCUGGAGUGGUCAUGAUUGCCCAACAGAUGUGCGGAAUCAACAUUAUCGCCUUUUACUCGUCCACUAUCUUCGAGCGGGCAGGCGCCAACAACAUCACCGCUCUCCUGGCUUCCUUCGGCUUCGGCCUCGUUAACUUCGUUUUUGCCUGGCCGGCCGUCUGGACUAUCGAUACCUUUGGACGUCGCGGUCUUCUUCUUUUCACUUUCCCCAACAUGUUCUGGACCUUGCUUGCAGCAGGGAUGUCCUUCUAUAUCCCCGAAAGCAGCCCUGCGCACCUCGGUCUCAUCGCGACAUUCAUAUAUCUCUUCGGCGCCUUCUACUCGCCUGGUGAAGGACCAGUUCCCUUCACGUAUUCGGCUGAAGUCUUCCCCCUCUCCCACAGAGAAGUCGGCAUGGCCUGGGCCGUUGCGACGAACAACUUCUGGGCCGCCGUGCUAGCACUCACCUUCCGUCGCCUGGACCUUGCCCUGACGACGCCAGGAGCCUUCGGAUUCUACGCAGGACUGAACUUGAUUGCCCUGGUCAUGAUAUUCCUGUUCCUGUACGAGACCAAGCAGCGCACCCUCGAGGAGCUGGACUAUGUCUUUGGCGUGCCUACCCGGACCCAUGCGAAAUACCAGCUCACAAAGGUCUUGCCGUGGUGGAUCAAGCGGUAUAUCUUCCAGCGCAAGCAUGCCGUGUGCCCAGAACUGUACCACCUUGACAGCAUUCGCGAGCAGGCAGUUGAACAUGACGGUGUUAAGCAGGUAUAA